AAACUUUCUUCAAUAGAGCACCACCGCCAUUCUCAUCUCACAUUCCUCUUUCCUACAUUUUCUAUCUUCAAAUCUCUUCACCACCGAAGAUUCCUCUCACUUAUCCCUCCGAUCUUCUUCAAUCUCCGUUGAAUUGCACUAUUGCCGGUAUCUGCAGUAUGGCGGACAGUGGAAUAGAAAUAGAGAGAAUAGAGGUGUUGGAUCCUGAAUCCGAGUUCCUGGCGUCGAAUCAAGAGACGGGGAACGAGUGGGAGCUGUUUAAGGAGAACGUCAGGCCAUUGAAGAGAGGCCGUAAAGUUGAAAUCUUGAACGACGCUCUCAAAGCUCAGACUGACAAUCAACACAAGAAGUCCCUCUUUGAACAACGAAGGCGGUUGAUUCAAGCUAUUGAUGAGUAUGAAGGAGAUGACCCUCUGCAACCAUGGCUCAAGUGCAUCAAGUGGGUUCAAGAAGCAUUUCCCCCUGGUGGAGAUUUCUCGGGAUUAGUUGUUAUAUAUGAGCAAUGUGUGCGUACAUUUUGGCAUUCAGACCGCUACAAGGAUGAUCUCCGUUAUCUCAAAAUCUGGUUGGAAUAUGCUGAAAAUUGUGCGGAUGCUGAAGUGAUAUUUAAAUUUCUAGAAGCAAAUGAAAUUGGAAAGACACAUUCUCAGUUUUACAUAGCGUAUGCUUUGCUCAUGGAAUCCAAGAACAAAGUGAAAGCUGCAAAUGAACUAUUGAAUAUUGGGAUAUCAAGGAAUGUUCAGCCCAUAGAAAAGCUGAAUGAUGCAUUUCGGAAGUUUAUUGCACGCUCAAUGAGAAAACCACCAAAAGCACCAGAGGAGGAAUCAGCAGAGAAAUGCUUACCCACUCGAAGCUUUGGAACUGUUCUUGCCAAGGGAGAAAACUGUACGCUGGCAAGUGAUAGCUCUGGUUUGUUGAAGAAGAACAUGAAGCUAGAUAGGGAUCGUGUUCCUCUUAGCAUUUAUAAAGAAGAUUCAAAUUUCGCUGACCAAUCAGAAGUGCCAAAGAGAGAACUGAAUUCUUGGCACAAUCUUGGACCUAGAGCAGAGAGAAAUAAAGAAAAUACUGCAAUCCCUUCCAAGUGGACAUCAUACAAGAUUCGACAAAAACCUGUACCUCGAGUCGGAGGAGCAACUGCUACUAGUGCACCCAUUGAGAUUUUCGUUGAUGAAGAAUGUGCAUCAACACAUAAAAUGAAUGCCGAGGUUGCAAAGUCAUCGACGGUGCAGCCUAGACAGGGUGAAGAGCAAGAGCUGAAGAAAGAAACAGAAUUGUUGAGACGGGAACCAUUACGCAAUUUCCCUCUAAGUAGUCUUCCCAGGUGAUGGUGAUGAAGGCAAAAGUUGUACGCGUAUUGUUGUACUGUACGGUGUAUUGGCGGAUCAACUUUAUAUCUCUAAAGUCUGAUCCAGCUUUAUCAAUUCUUUUUAAUGUUCAUGUUGGAUUUGUUUAGUUUCACAUGAAUUUCUCAAGGUUUAUAAAUUCAUGGCGAACACUAAUUGGAUGAGAAACGAUAACUGAUUGUAUUGCUGGUGUGAUUAAUGGAAUUCAAUUUUUCUGA